CGCAUGCGCGAAGGCUGACAUCAACCCCCGUGGCUUUAUGAAAGACCAAAUCCCUCCGCAGGCAGCGGUUUCUAAGCCUGUCUGUCGGCGAGAGGUGGACUUCCUUUCGACCCAACCGGUCUCCGGGACACGCUUUCCGUUUAGCCUCUCGCGUGUGAUCUUUCUUCGGGGUUGAAGUAAAGGCUGUCUCGCCCCCUCCCUUGCGUCCUUCUUCGAGCUCUGUUAUUCCGCACCGCUCCAGCGACGCCAGCCAGCGGACGUAGCCGAGAAGGGAAGUCGAAGUGGGCUUCGUCUUUUUCACCAGGCAGAUGAUCCCAGCCGUCCAGAUUGACAGGAGUGAUGGGAUGUGUCAACUAGCAAAUAAGACAUCUCUGGAUGAUGUAAGCAGACUGAAGGACUCAUCUACAGUGUUGACGCCAGAGUGGGAAAAAAGCAGGAAGGAGGGAGAGUGGGCGUACUGUGACGAUACAAACAUGGGCGUGGGCAAGAACACCUCUUCCAAGCCGAUGGACAGCGGGAGCGAGGGAGGGAAAUAUGAAGAGGAAAGCAAACACGGAGCGGACUUCUACCCUAUUCCGGUGGUGGUAAAUGGAGUGGGCGGUGCCAAUGGAGACCAGGAUACGGAGAACACAGAGUUAAUGGCCAUCUACACUAAAGUCCAAGGAGUAGAAAAGAGCUCAAUGUCGGAGACGUUGGACAGCUCAGACAGUACAGAUCUGAAAAGGAUGGACAUGAUCUAUAUUAUAGAGGACACUCCGCCUUGGUACCUGUGUGUGUUUCUUGGGCUACAGCACUAUUUAACAUGUUUUAGCGGAACCAUAGCGGUGCCGUUCCUCCUCGCUGAAGCCAUGUGCGUCGGUUACGACCAGUGGGCCACAAGCCAGCUUAUAGGAACCAUCUUUUUUUGUGUGGGGAUCACCACCCUCUUACAAACCACACUGGGCUGCAGGUUGCCUUUGUUCCAGGCCAGUGCUUUUGCCUUCCUGGCCCCUGCCAGAGCCAUUCUGUCACUGGACAAAUGGAAGUGUAACAACACAGAUAUACUCGGGACAAACAGCACAGAGAUCCUCCACACAGAACACAUCUGGCAUCCCAGGAUACGAGAAAUCCAAGGGGCCAUCAUUGUGUCUUCUCUCGUGGAGGUGUGUAUUGGGGCACUGGGUCUGCCCGGACUCCUCUUGAAGUAUAUUGGACCUCUGACCAUCACCCCUACUGUGGCCCUUAUCGGUCUCUCCGGUUUCCAGGCUGCGGGGGAGAGGGCAGGCAAACACUGGGGCAUUGCUAUAAUGACUAUUUUCUUGGUGCUUCUCUUCUCCCAGUAUGCCAGGAAUGUCCAAUUCCCAUUGCCUGUCUACAAAGCAAAGAAAGGCUGGACUACCUACAGGCUACAGGUGUUCAAAAUGUUUCCAAAACAUUGCAGUGCAGUUCGACUCCCUCUACUGUUUGAUGGUCACCUCCACUUGUCAUACACCCAGAUCAUCAUGGCCAUCCUGGUGUCAUGGCUGCUGUGCUUCAUCUUCACGAUGACCAACGUAUUCCCGCCUGUGAAGGAAAAAUACGGCUACUACGCCCGCACAGACUCACGCCAAGGAAUACUCUCGGCUGCGCCCUGGUUCAAGAUCCCGUAUCCCUUUCAGUGGGGGGUUCCUAAUGUAACAGCUGCAGGUGUGAUUGGCAUGAUGAGCGCGGUGGUCGCUAGCAUCAUCGAGUCUAUCGGUGACUAUUACGCUUGCGCCCGUCUGUCAUGCGCCCCUCCGCCACCCAUCCACGCCAUCAAUAGAGGCAUAUUUAUGGAAGGCAUUUCCUGCGUACUGGACGGUCUUUUCGGGACAGGAAACGGUUCCACCUCUUCCAGUCCAAACAUCGGUGUUCUGGGAAUAACAAAGGUGGGCAGCAGGCGGGUGAUCCAAUACGGAGCUGCCAUGAUGGUGCUCCUGGGACUUGUGGGUAAAUUCAGCGCCCUGUUUGCCUCCCUGCCAGACCCGGUGCUGGGAGCGCUGUUCUGCACCUUGUUCGGUAUGAUCACAGCAGUGGGGCUGUCCAACCUCCAGUUUGUGGACCUCAACUCUUCCAGGAACCUCUUUGUUCUGGGCUUCUCCAUCUUCUUUGGUCUGAUGUUGCCCAGCUACCUCAAACAGAACCCGUUGGUCACAGGCAUCGUUGAGAUUGACCAAGUGCUGAACGUGCUCCUCACUACAGCCAUGUUUGUUGGCGGCUCAGUGGCUUUUAUUUUGGACAACACUAUUCCAGGAUCUUCUGAGGAGCGAGGCAUCAGGAAGCUGAAACGAGGCUUGGGUCUGGGCGCCUCAGAGCUGGAAGGGAUGCGCUCGUACGACCUGCCUUUUGGAAUGGACUUCAUCCGCAGACACGAUGUCUUCAAGUACCUCCCCAUCAGCCCCACCUUCACCGGCUACCAAUGGGGGGCUCUGCGGGAGGCCUGCAGGUGCAGGCGUGGACAAGGGGAGCCGGGGAAGCAAGGAGGGGAAGGAGGCACCGCUCGGGUCGAGAGUCCGGCAUAGCCUGACCAAAUAGUGUGGGAAUUCGGGGAGCAAUUGAAGGUUCACUGAGAGAAAAGGACAUGAGAGUGUGGUGCAGGAUCUUGCCUCACUUCCCAUUAUGCUCUUUUUAGCAUGCUUUUUAUUAAGCAAGUGGCAGCCAGCAUGCUCCAAAAAAAGAUGUCACUGUGUGGAGACUAGUUGGUGUGUCUACAUGUGUACAAUCAUAUACACUGGCACUUUAACUCAAUUACAAUUUAUUUCACAAUCUGCCAACUGAGAAUUAUGCAAACGAAGAAGGUCUCAUUGCCAUGCACAUUGUAUGCACAUGGACACACACCUACAGCCCCUCAAAAACUAGCUGAGUCAGCUCGAAUGCAUGUCUGCUUGGUUCAUUAGCUCAGCGAUAGUGACACUUUUUUUUCUUUAUGCUGCCUCCUACGUCCAAAAUGUCUCUCUGGCAAGCUCAAAUCCUCACAAACAACUCUAAACUCAACCAGCUCUCAAUUUACAUCAAGGAGGAUCUCACAGUUUACUUAGAAUUCCAGUCAAAGGUUUGGAGAAGUUUUCUCAUUCAAUAUUGUGAGCAAGUGUUUGUCUUAUGCACGAGCAGAAUCCUAAAUCAGAAUGCCCUCAUUUGGAUACUAUGAAGGGGCUCGUUGUCACAUGACUUCCGAGAGUUAUCUUCACUGUCACUACCAGUACUCUAAUCCCUCAUGCAAUAAGAUAACAUAACAUCUUCCUUCACAGUCAGGAGAUCCGCGUUCCAAUCUCUGCAUGUUCUGUCUUGGAGUACUUCGGCUUCCUCCCACUGCUCUACAUGCAUUAGCUUCAUGGGAGACUCUAAAUCAGCGUCCAAAAUCAGGCCUGCGGGAAGUCCCAAUUAUAAAAAAAAGAAAAAGGAAAAUAUAUAUAUAUAUAUAUAUAUAUAUAUAUAUAUAUACAAUUUUUUUUUCUGUCUUUUCUUAUCCACUUUGUACCGCUUGCUACUCAUGGUGUCUACUAGCCGCUCAGGCAAAUCAUAUUGUCUAAAAAUGCA